GUCUUACAAAAAAAGGAGAACAAAGCCAAAGAAGAAGAAGCAAAAUACAUCGAGAAGAGUAGGGGAAAAAAGAAAAAAAAAACUCAUCUAUCGAGACACAACCCACUAGCCAGCGAGCAGCAUCCUGGAAUACCCAGAAUUUCCUUAUUCUUCCACUUUCCUUUCCGGUCUCACAAUCUCUAUCCGAUUCUUCACUCUCCCGAGCAAUUGAAAUUUCUCUCUCUGUUUCCAUCUAUCUCAGGUGCUUUUGGCUCUUCAGAUCAUUACCCAGAUCUCGUUUCCUUCUGAUCCACUUCAAAUUGGUUCAACAGUGGAAAUCAGGGGAGCUCAAGAAGGAAUAUAAUACAGCAAGACGAGAUAGAGGACGAAGAGAAUUCUGGUGCCAUUGAAGCACAGAAACAUGUUUAUGAUUGUUUGGGGGAGACAAAAUUGAUUGAUUGACCUUUUUCUUGCUCUGGGGAUCUUAAAUUGAGAGAUAUAUCUUGCCUGGAAAUGGAGUUUUCUGAAGCAAUGUGGUGUAGCAACUCGGUUGGAGGUAUGUUCAUACCUUAGGAAGGGUCUUUGCCUCACUGGUUGGAAUUCACUUUCUCUCUUGAAAUGGGUGUUAUUGGUAGUAGUAAGAGGAAUCAGUUGGGUAUAGAGUGUUGAUAACUUCUCGGUCUAGAGUCAACCCGAAAGACGGAAUUCUGCUGCAAACUUGAGCUAUGAUCAAACAGUUCCUCAAUAGGCUCCCUAGGAAGCCAAAGUCGUCCGACCAUCGUGAUGGAGGAGGAACUUCUACCUCAUCAAACACUUCCACUAGCUCGAGAACCAACGAUUUCACAAACAACCGAUACGGUGGAGGACCAAAUGCCACAUCUUCACCUGCUGUGAAUUCUAAUCCGGCUCACGGUUCAAAUUACAGCAACAAGCUCUCCCUGCCUGUAAAGCCGAAUGGUAAUCAACCUUCAUAUGAAGCUCUGCCUAGCUUCCGCGAAGUUCCAAAUGCAGAGAAGCAGAACUUAUUCAUCAGAAAGGUGAUCUUAUGUUCUGUCAUUUUCGAUUUCACUGAUCCUACUAAGAACCUCAAGGAAAAGGACAUCAAGAGACAGACAUUGGUAGAGCUUGUGGACUAUAUUUCCUCUGCCAGCGCAAAGUUUCCUGAGAUAGUCAUACAAGAACUCAUCAGAAUGGUCUCUCUAAAUCUGUUUAGACCACUCACUUCUCCACCUCGUGAGAACAAAGCAUUGGAAGCUUUUGACGUUGAAGAGGAAGAGCCGUCCAUGGACCCUGCAUGGCCCCACUUGCAAGUCGUGUAUGAAUUGUUAUUAAGGUUUGUGGCAUCACCUGAAACUGAUGCAAAACUAGCUAAACGGUAUGUUGAUCACUCUUUUGUACUAAGGUUGCUCGAUCUCUUUGAUUCGGAGGACCCAAGAGAAAGGGAGUAUUUGAAAACGGUCCUGCAUCGAAUCUAUGGGAAAUUCAUGGUGCACAGGCCCUUCAUUAGGAAGGCAAUCAACAACAUCUUCUACCGGUUCAUAUUUGAGACGGAGAAGCACAAUGGGAUUGCGGAGCUGUUGGAGAUAUUGGGGAGCAUCAUCAAUGGCUUUGCGCUACCUCUCAAGGAAGAGCACAAGUUGUUUCUUGUUCGAGCUCUUAUUCCGUUGCAUAAACCGAAGUGCUUGCCAAUGUACCACCAGCAGUUGUCAUACUGCAUAACUCAAUUUGUUGAGAAAGACUGCAAGCUUGCUGAUACUGUGAUUAGGGGUUUGCUGAAAUAUUGGCCAGUUACAAAUAGUGCUAAAGAAGUAAUGUUCUUGAGUGAACUGGAGGAGGUUCUUGAAGCUACUCAGCCUGCAGAGUUUCAACGUUGCAUGGUGCCUUUGUUUCGCCAGAUUAGUCGGUGUUUGAGCAGUUCCCACUUUCAGGUGGCGGAAAGGGCCUUGUUCUUAUGGAACAACGAUCACGUGGAGAACCUAAUCAAACAGAACAGAAAGAUCAUACUGCCCAUCAUCUUCCCUUCCUUGGAGAGGAACGCCAGGCGCCACUGGAACCAGGCUGUGCAAAGCCUGACGCUGAAUGUCAGGAAGAUAUUCUCCGAUGCUGAUCCGGAGCUCUUCGAAGAAUGCUUGCUCAAGUUCCAGGAAGAUGAAGCGCAAGAGGACGAGAUCAAGUCGAGACGGGAAACCACGUGGAAACGCCUCGAAGAGAUUGCUGCCAUGAAAGCUUCAUCUAGCAACCAGCCGGUGUUGGUCUCUCCUAGAACCUCAGCAAAGCUCAUGCUAGCUAGCUAAAAGAAUCAUUGAAGAUCUUGCUAUGUUUUGAGCCACUACGAUGGACAACAAGAUGAUAUAAGGUGGAAAGUUCUUUCAUUUGAAUAUGAAUCAUCUGCCCACUUGCAUGGAACCAGCAUAUCUGAAGAGGGUUGGCAUUAGAAAAAUGGGGAGGAAGGGCUUUUUGAGAGCUUGAAACUCGAUUCCAUUCUGUAUAAUUCGGUGUAUAUUGAUUUUUGGUUUGAAUGAGAAGCUUGGAAAUUAAGUUUCCACCUUUGUUUAGCACAACCAAGAACUUCAUGCUUUAAUAUAAAUCAUGCAUGGUUAAUUUUUGUCAAUGUGAGUGGAUACUUUCAUUGACAAUUUGACAUCGUUUCUACUUGACUUGUAAGGGUAGCAAUAUAAUUGUAAUCUGAUUGGGGAAAUGUGAAAUG